AUGGCCUUGGCGGGGGCGGCUGCACUGCCGCGGCUGUGGGCGCUGCUGCUCCACUUCCUCGCCGUCGCGACCUGCCUCGAUGUUCCUUCCCGCGGGUGCUAUUGGACUGGGUGCCAAAGCAAAUGGUUUGGAGUAUGCGCUGCUCGCCACUUCUUGGAUUCUCAGUCAGAUGAUUGUGGUGGUCUUUGCAUGGAGUCGAAAAGCCCUCCAUGCCUUCCACUCCACACACAUUUCUAUUGUUGCAAACCAGGAAUCCCAAAGGUAACAAACAAGUGUGGACACUGCAAGAGCAAGCUGGAUUUUGGCAAAGAGUUUAUAUGCUGCUCAGAUUGCUCUGAUCCAACCAUUAUGGACAAGAAUAGCAAACUGGGUUACUGCAAAAGUGGUGCUAACUUAACAAUGCAAUUAAAACCACAAGAAACUUUUCACUGGGUUGCUGGCCCGUGGAUGACAUGCUCCUCUCCAUGUGAUGGUGGUAUUCGAUAUCGUGAUGUUGCUUGUUAUGGAAAUUUGGAUGAUAACACAAUCAAACACUACCCUGUGGAUGAUGCUAGCUGUUCAGCAGAUGAAAUGCCUGCAAGACAGGAGGCCUGUAAUCAGCAGAGUUGUAGUGAUCCUGAGAUGACACAGUCAGUGAAUCCCAAGAAAAGUGGAAUGUCUGGUUGGUUGGUAGCAUUGGUUGUUAUCCUAGGUCUCAGUGCAGCUGUUGGCAUUGCAUUUACCAGCUACACUUACUAUGUGAGUUUUGAGGGUGCAGCCAUGGCUGAAAUCGAAACUAUCUCCAGCCUCGCCGAGGCCGGCGAUGUCCUGGAAAACAGGGGGAUCAAUUCUGUUCAAGGGAACAAUCAGGUUCAAUUUGGUCUAGACGAGCGGACAUCCCUCGUAGCUGCAACAAAAGUCAAGGCGAGGACCCGUCCUGGAAGGCUCGGAUUCAGGUUGGUAAACCCUGAACUCAUGGACUGCAAGUUUCAAACAAAGGCCGAGCUGGACGAGGCCUACGAGCGGAUGUUCACAGAGUGCAUGAGUGAGUGUGACCAACAGCUAGUCCCUCUGGAAGCCCACAUCGCCGAACUGAAGAGACUGUUGGCCCAACCUGACAACGAGAUUGAAAAUACCAGAACCGAUAUUAUGCAGAGGAACCGAGGAUUGCAGCAGGUGCUAUAUCUCCAUCCACCGUUUCCAUUGUAUCCUGAGUACGAGUAUCAUCCCCCUCCGCAACCGCGAAUACCGUACCAACCAGCAUACACCACUGAUCAAGAAAGAGAUGAUGCAAUAUCUCGAGACCGCCGUGCUCAGAGAGCGUGGUGGCGUACCAACCUUACUCUGCUGGAGACUAAGAAAAGGAUCUUGGAAGGGAAAAGAAUAGACCUGGAGAGAGGGCUGAAGUCUGAAUUAAAGAAAGCUUUAGAGAGUCAAUCUGACCUGGGGGUAGGUUAUACCAACUACCAUUUUCGCCAUUGA